AGUAAUAACAACAGCAAUAAAUCUGUACCACCGCCCAUGCCAUCACGGAUCGGCCGACUGCUGAGUGUGAAGUCGGAUGAAAAAGAAGGAAAACGAAGACCUGUAUCUUUUGCGGGUACAAGUGCACAACAACGGCCUGAUGGUGGUCUACAGAGAUCCGACGGUAGUCUUUUGGAGCCCAAUAGGAGGUACGGUCAUUUGAUUCAGCCAGUAGCAACUCGUACCACGCCACUGCCAAAACAGGAUGUCAGGGUGAGACGUCAAUCGGCUCCUUUGGUCGAUAGACCCGAGAAAUUGAGUGGCAGCAAUAUUGGAAGUGGUAUUGGUUUAGGUCAAAGAUCUGCACAAAAGAAGAACAAGACCCAAGAUGAAAGUAAGACACAAGGCCAAGGCCAAGGCCAAGGACAAGGACAGCGAAAUGGUGAUAGUAAACCACCACUGUCAAAGAAUUCGGCACUCAAGGGUGUCAAGACUGUCCGUGUUCACUGAAUUUUAUGUUUCUUGUUCUUCAUUACAAUCAUACCCUCGCCAUAACAAUUCCCUCCCUCUACCCUCCACUUACAUCUUCUCACUUGUUCUUUCCUCUCUUUUCUUUCUUUCUUAUCCUAUUGCUCUUUCC